AUGGAGGCUGUGAUCGAGAAGGAAUGCAGCGCGCUCGGAGGCCUCUUCCAGACCAUCAUCAGCGACAUGAAGGGGAGCUACCCGGUUUGGGAAGACUUCAUAAACAAAGCAGGGAAACUGCAGUCCCAGCUUCGGACGACAGUAGUAGCAGCAGCUGCCUUCUUGGACGCCUUUCAGAAAGUGGCCGACAUGGCUACCAACACACGUGGCGGAACCCGGGAGAUCGGCUCCGCCCUCACCCGGAUGUGCAUGCGGCACCGGAGCAUCGAGGCCAAGCUGAGGCAGUUUUCGAGUGCUUUGAUCGAUUGUCUGAUAAACCCACUUCAAGAACAGAUGGAAGAAUGGAAGAAAGUGGCCAACCAGCUGGAUAAAGACCACGCGAAAGAAUAUAAAAAAGCUCGCCAAGAGAUAAAGAAGAAGUCCUCAGAUACACUGAAACUGCAGAAGAAAGCAAAGAAAGGGAGGGGCGACAUCCAGCCGCAGCUGGACAGCGCGCUCCAGGACGUCAACGACAAGUACCUGCUGCUGGAGGAGACGGAGAAGCAGGCGGUGCGCCGGGCGCUGAUCGAGGAGCGCGGCCGCUUCUGCACCUUCAUCUCCAUGCUGCGGCCGGUGAUCGAGGAAGAGAUCUCCAUGCUGGGGGAGAUUACGCACCUGCAGACCAUCUCUGAAGACCUGAAGAGCCUGACCAUGGACCCCCACAAGCUGCCCUCCUCCAGUGAGCAGGUGAUCCUGGACCUGAAGGGCUCUGACUACAGCUGGUCCUACCAGACGCCGCCCUCGUCCCCCAGCACCACCAUGUCCCGCAAGUCCAGUGUCUGCAGCAGCCUGAACAGCGUGAACAGCAGCGACUCGCGCUCCAGCGGCUCGCACUCGCACUCGCCCAGCUCCCACUACCGCUGCCGCAGCUCCAACCUGGCCCAGCAGGCGCCCGUGCGGCUGUCCAGCGUGUCCUCGCACGACUCGGGCUUCAUAUCCCAGGACGCCUUCCAGUCCAAGUCGCCGUCCCCCAUGCCGCCCGAGGCCCCCACCCAGUUGUCUAACGGGUUUACUCACUGUAGUUUAUCAAGUGAGUCCCAGGUGGGGCCCGUGGGGGCAAGCCUUUUCCCUCAUUGCCUGCCUGCCUCCCGCCUGCUCCCUCGGGUCACCUCUGUCCACCUUCCAGACUACGCUCAUUAUCACACCAUUGGGCCCGGCAUGUUCCCGUCAUCUCAGAUCCCUAGCUGGAAGGACUGGGCCAAGCCAGGGCCUUAUGACCAGCCUCUGGUGAACACCCUACAGCGCCGCAAGGAGAAGCGGGAGCAGGACCCCGGCGGCGGAGGAGGCCCCGGCGCCGCGGGCGGCCCGUCUGCCGCCGCCGAGGAGGCCCAGAGGCCGCGGAGCAUGACCGUGUCCGCCGCCACCAGGCCCGGCGAGGAGAUGGAGGCUUGUGAGGAGCUGGCCCUCGCCCUGUCGCGGGGCCUCCAGCUGGACACGCAGAGGAGCAGCCGGGACUCGCUGCAGUGCUCCAGCGGCUACAGCACCCAGACCACCACCCCGUGCUGCUCCGAGGACACCAUCCCCUCCCAAGUUUCAGAUUACGAUUAUUUCUCGGUAAGUGGUGACCAGGAGGCAGACCAGCAGCAGGAGUUUGACAAGUCCUCCACCAUCCCGAGGAACAGCGACAUCAGCCAGUCCUACCGACGCAUGUUCCAGGCCAAGCGCCCGGCCUCCACUGCUGGCCUCCCCACCACCCUGGGACCGGCCAUGGUCACCCCAGGGGUUGCAACCAUCCGACGGACCCCUUCCACCAAGCCUUCUGUGCGCCGGGGCACCAUCGGAACCGGUCCCAUCCCCAUCAAGACGCCCGUGAUCCCUGUGAAGACCCCAACCGUCCCAGACCUCCCUGGGGUGCUGCCAGCGCCCCCAGACGGGCCGGAGGAGCGGGGUGAGCGCAGCCCCGAGGCGCCCUCUGUGGGCGAGGGCCCCCAGGGGGUCGCCAGCAUGCCGUCCUCACUGUGGAGCGGGCAAGCCUCUGUCAACCCUCCCCUCCCAGGCCCGAAGCCAAGCAUCCCCGAGGAGCACAGACAGGCGAUCCCGGAGAGCGAGGCCGAAGACCAGGAGAGGGAAGCCUCCGGGGCCGCUGCCUCCCCGGGCCGGGCUCCGGAGCCCGCAGACCUGAGCCCCAGGGACGCCCCCCAGGGAGAAGACAUGCUGAACGCCAUCCGAAGGGGCGUGAAGCUGAAGAAGACCAUGACCAACGACCGCUCGGCCCCUCGCUUCUCUUAG